AUGCGGCUACUCCGUGUGCUCGAGUUUGAUGGUCCUGAUUUGCAGCUGCACCGGCAACAGCAGCACUCUCAGGAGUACCAGGGGGAAACAUGGCGGACCGUCGCGGUGGACGGUGCAGCGGAACCGGAGACGGCUCGUGUCUACCAGGAAUUCCUGAAGACAUUUCAGCCAGAGGACCCUUCAGCUGACAAAGCGUUUGUCAGAGGGGGAGUGAUAAACGCUGGAUCGGGCCAAGUUGCUAUUGACAGUAAAAAGGGGUCACUGUGGGUGCCAAGCAAUGCUCCCAAGUCAGCCGAGGCAGCAGCCGCUGCCGCAGCCGCUGCUGCAGCAGCUGCGGCUGCAGCGAAUAGCAGCAGUAGCAACACGCAGUCCCCAGCCCCCAAACGCAUGCCAGGCCGCCCUGGACAGAAGAGGGAAAUUGAUUCUUUCCUUGAAGAGAUCAAGAAGCGCCAGGAACUUCAAGGUCAAAAACGGAGACUUUACGAAAGGCUGAAUCUUUCGCGCACAGAGGAGGAGCGAUGCGCCCUCCGUUUCCAGAUAGCCGCCCUAGAGAAUGCAACGAGGCCCCGUGGUGCCCCUCCGAUAGACUUGGAGAAAGAGAGCUCAACCAAUUUAUAUCUUGGCAACCUUUCCCCCGAGAUAACGGAAGAGUUUCUGUGCCAACAGUUUGGCAAGCACGGCGUGAUUACGAGCGUGAAAAUAAUGUACCCAAGAACAGAAGAAGAGAAGCGAAGGAACAGAAAUUGUGGAUUCGUCUCCUUUGAGACUAGACCACAAGCGGAGUCUGCCAAAAACAGCCUUGACGGCAAGUCUUUCUAUGGAAUGGUCAUUCGCAUUGGAUGGGGAAAAGCUCUUCGGCCAUCAUUUGGCGCCACUCCUACUGGACUUAGUGGAGGCUUUUCGGACUCUCCUUUCCCUUCCAGUGGUUUCUCCCCGCCUCCACCUUCGGCAUUUAGCGCAGAAGUCCCAACUGCAACUCCAACCCCUCCUCCUCCUCCUGAGGCGGAGUUAGUGGAAGUGCAGGUUCCUAAGGACAGAAAGGUGAAGAUGGUGAUAGAUCUCCUCGCUAAAUAUGUUGCAGAGGAGGGACAUGUUUUCGAGCAGCAAGUUAUGGAAAAAUUUCCUCCAGAAAGCGGUCGCCUGAACUUCAUUUACGAGAAAGAUUCACCGGACAACAUAUACUACAGGUGGCGCGUGUAUGCGUUUGGCCAAGGUGACACGCUGCGUGCGUGGCGCGUAGAGCCUUUCUUCAUUUACUCAGGAGGAAGGCGAUGGGCAGCACCACCGGAGAAAUACUUUCAGCAACCAGCGAAGAAAAAAGCAGAAGCAGCAGAGGAACGCAGCAUCCGAAUAGCAGCUCGCGGUGGCGAGCGGCUGAGCGCAGCGGACCGCGAGGAGCUUGAGGAGCUAUUGCGUAACAUCACGAGGGACAGGGCUUCCAUCUGCGCAGCUAUGUCCUUCUGUAUGUCUCAUGGGAGCAGCAGCGCAGAAGUGUGCAGUUGCCUGACCGAAUCGCUGACUCUACCGGACACGGCGCUGACAAUGAGGCUAGCGCGAACUUACCUCUUGUCGGAUUUGCUCGCCAACUCAAGUGCUCAGACAGCUCAUGCCUGGACCUACAGAUACCACUUAGAGAAGAAUCUACCUCUUAUUGCAGAUCGAUGGAGUAAAGUUCUAGAAGACCUACGAUUGGGAGUCGGUGUCGGAGGAGGCAGCCCAAGGACACAGCAGGAGCAAUGGCAGGGGGUAGAGCGGGCCCUCUACAAAAUGACAAAACUGUGGGAGGCUUGGGGUGUGUAUCCACCUACGUUUCUUAGGGGUAUUGAGGCCACACUCUGCGGUCGCGACAUAACAGCAACACUGCUGGAUCCUGACGCAGCAGCAGCAGCAGCGGCAAAGUGCGAAGCUGCCGCAGCGGAGCUCGCAGAUCCUCAGCUAGACGGAGAGCCACUUGCGGAAAAUCUCAGGCCUCUCAUCGCACAGUUUCCUCUGUGGCUGCGGCCCGCUGCAAUGGAAUGGCUGCUGCUUGACCGUUAUCAGCUGGACAGGCUCUGCCAGCAGCGGGGCCUCGGAGUUGUGCCUUCCCGCAGCAGUAAUAGUAGUAGCAGCGAAAGACGACAAAAGCAGCUCGUGCAACUAGCGCGGCAGGAGCUAUAUUGGAGAUUAAAGCAGGAGGCAGCGGAGGUGCCGCUUGACGUGUUGCUGGAGGCUCAGGCUGCUGCAGCAGCAGAGCGUCAAGCGGCAGCUGCUGCAGCCGCAGCAAUGGCUGCACCUCAGGGCGCACUGACCACUGCUGCAGCACCGGAGGUGUCCACAAAUGCAACAGAGGGUUGCGCGAAGCAGCCUGGGGAUGAAAACCAGCAGCAAGAUGACGUGGCCAGCGAGGCCUCAGAUAUCUUUGUAUUUGAAAGGGAGGAAGAGGAGCAGGCACAGGAGCAGCAAGAUGAAGAGGAAGGCGCAGCAACAGUAUCAGCAGCAUCAGCAGCAACGGCAGAGUCUCAAGAGGCUCGCGAGUCUGAUAGAGAACGCAUGCGUGCCAUAGAGCUGAAGGUAACGGAGCUCCAGGUGCAGCUUGAAGACCAAAGCCUUCCGAAGGAUGAAAUCGCAAGCCGCUGUGACGCUCUCAGGCAGACCCUCCUCGAGGAGCACCGAGCAACGAAGGAGGCGGCAAAGAGGAAAUCGACAAAUAAUCGCGACCGCAGCAGAUCUCCGCACGGCAGCCGCAAAAAAGCGAAAGGCAUCAGCGUCGAGAACUCAAAGGCAUAG